AUGACGAUCGAAACCGAUUCCGCCGAGGUCCGCAAUGCGCAGCGGCGAGAGCAGCACCACGAGGCGGAUGUGGUAAUAGUAGGCGCCGGCGUCUUUGGUUGCGCGGCCGCGUAUGCGCUCGCCAACCAGGGCCGCAGCGUGAUCCUGCUCGAGAGAUGGAUGCACGAGCCCGACCGGAUAGUAGGCGAGUUGCUACAGCCCGGGGGUUUACAAGCUUUACAGAGCUUCGGUCUGGGUCACUGCGUCGAGGGGAUCGAUGCCAUUACCUGCUACGGAUAUCACGUCGUCUUCCACGGCGAAGAGGUGGCCAUUCCUUACCCGGUAGUGGACGAUCAAGGAAAAGUGUACUCUGGCGAAGCGGCGGCGCGGGUAGAGUCAACAACAACAACAACAACAAGCACACCGAACGGCAAGACACAUAAUGGACCCAAGCUACGACGACCAGAAGGCCGAUCUUUCCACCACGGCCGCUUCAUCAGCCAGCUCCGCAAAGCCUGCGCGGCGCACCCCAACAUCACCAUGUUCGAAACGACCGUGACCUCGGUUAUCCGCGGCUCGCACUCCGAACAAGUCUUGGGGGUUGAAACCCUCACGACGGACCGCGAAACCGGCGAAAAGCAGCCCGACUUCUUCUUCGGCCAGCUCACCCUCAUCGCCGACGGCUACGACUCCAAGUUCCGCAAACAGCUCCUUCCCAGCGGAACCACACCCGUCGUGCGCUCCAAGUUCUACGCCCUCGAACUGAUCGACUGCCCCUUCCCGCCCUCCAACUACGGCCACGUCGUCAUCGGCAAGACCUCCCCGGUCCUGCUCUACCAAAUCGGCACGCACGAAACCCGUGCUCUAAUCGACAUCCCACAUAACCUCACCGCCGCGUCUGCGGCCAACGGCGGCGUGCGCGGCUACAUCGAAAACAUCGUCGUGCCCACCCUACCCGAAUCCGUCCGGCCCUCCGUCCUCGCCUCUCUCAAAGAUGGCAAGAUCCCCCGCUCCAUGCCCAACUCGUACCUCCCUGCCUCAGGGAAAGCCAACACAUCCCGCACUCCGGGGGUGCUAUUGCUAGGCGACGCCUACAACAUGCGCCACCCCUUAACAGGCGGCGGCAUGACGGUCGCUUUCUCCGACGUCGUCCUUUUGGCUUCGCUGCUACACCCAGACCGCGUGCCCAACCUGGCCGACGCAAACGCGGUAGAGCAAGCGAUGAAGGAAUUCCACUGGCGCCGCAAGGCCUGGACGAGCAUCAUCAACACGCUGGCGCAAGCGCUGUACAGCCUCUUUGCGGCGGAUGACUGGCAGCUGGAUGCCCUGCGCAAGGGCUGUUUCGCGUACUUCCAGAUGGGUGGCGCGAAGACGGACGAACCGGUUGCGCUGAUGGGCGGGCUUUUGCACGAACCUACCGUGCUGGCGAGACACUUCUUCACGGUGGCGUUUGUAGCGAUUUGGUUGCAUUGGUGUGAAAGGGUGGGCAGUUUUUGGGGCUUGUGGAAGGCGCCGUUGCUGUUGGUUGAUGCGGUGCUAAUUCUUUGGAGGGCGUGUGUGGUGUUUUUGCCGACGAUUUGGAAGGAGGCUGUUUGA